AUGCCACAGAUAACAAACUACAGAACCAUUGAUAUCGACAGCCUUGAUCCGGAGUCGCCCGCCAAUUUCCCAAUUUCUUCUCUACUUCCUUCAAACCUACCGCCGCCAACAACGUCCAGCGCGGCAGCAAGCCUGGGAUCACAGAUCAGACAGUUGCUUCGAUCUGGGGACACAGAAGGAGCUUUACGCCAUGUUCUCGAUUCAGCUCCGCUAGGUGGCGAUGACAGGGCAAAGGAGGUUCACCUUGCUUCUGUUGUGGAGGUUUUACAGGGUAUACGGCAGACGGAGAUGACAAAAGUGCUGGAGGCAGUAUGCAACGGUGAAGGAGGUGCUGAACGGGGAGAUUGUCUGAUGAAGUACCUAUACAAGGGCAUGGCUGUGCCGACUAGCAGUGAUGCCGGCUCAAAGUCAGUAUCUCCACAGAGCACCGGAUUUUCGCAAAUACAGGGUCGAAACCUUGGAGAAGGCGGUGGCGGCCAACAGAUGAGCGUGCUACUGAGUUGGCAUGAGAAACUAGUUGAAAUCGUUGGGGUUGGUUCAAUUGUACGUGUUAUGACUGACAGGAGGACCGUUUAA